UCCACAGACGCCGGAAAAGGCGCAAGCUGAAAGUUCAUCAUCAAGCUGAGGUGGCUUUAUUAUUGGAGCGAGUACUACCUGUUCGUAUCUGUCUCCCUCGACGAAUGAGGUUGUUAUUGUUGAGUACUGUCACGCCAGAGGUUCUCAGGUUUCGAUUUAUUGAGUGGACGGCACUGCUAGCUAGCCACCACCCUUUUCCAUUACUAGCUAACAUCGUUCUCGCUUAAGGCGCUCAAACACUCCGCUUAUUCGACGCCAUGGACCCUGUUGGUCAAGACAUCAACCUGAACUCCCCCAACAAGGGCCUGGGCCCCGCAGGAGGAGUAGACUCCCUGACGGGUGUCUCCAUGGAGGGGGGAGCCAUGGGAGUGGCAGCCGUCAACACGCUGCCCCCAGGGCUCACAGAGGAAGAGGCCGAGGAGCUCUACUCUGAGCUAACCAAGGUGGAGGAGGAGAUCAACACCCUGAGACAGGUGCUGCUGGCCAAAGAGAAGCAUUCUGCUGAUCUGAAGAGGAAGCUGGGGCUGAGCCCCCUCAACGAGCUCAAACAGAACAUCACCAAGGGGUGGCAGGAUGUCCAGACCUCUAAUGCCUAUGUCAGAACCACUGAGAAACUUGGCGAGUGGAAUGAGAAAGUUACCGGUUCAGAGUUAUAUCUUACAGCGUCUGCCACUUUGGACGACAUUGCCCAAUCUGAAGCGUAUAAGAAGACUUCUGAGACCCUGUCUGUGGCUGGACAGAAGACCACUGCUGCCCUCUCCACCAUGGGCACUGCCCUCAGCAGGAAACUGGGAGACAUGAGAAACUCUCCUACCUUCAAGUCGUUCGAGGACAAAGUUGGGAACAUCAAGUUGGGCUGAUUGGUGUCCCUGCACUGCAGCACAGUACAUGGUGGUUGGACCCAGAGGUAACGGAAAAGCUGUCCAGUCCCCGACCGAAACGAACCCCGUUCAGGACCACGCACCCUUCUGAAGAUCCUCCUUCCGCUCUUAUCACCGGGGACUGUGACAUCAUCACUGAGUGACCCUUGACCUGUGACAUCACCCUCCACACCAUAUGCCAUUACUCACUACUGCCUCCCACCUCAGUUACCUAUAGCCCAGUCCUAAAUGGGCCCUUGGCUCCUAGGCCCUUGUGGAGAUCUGAUAGGUGUAAGCAAUACGGCAACAAUUCCACCUAUCCAAUGAGAAGGUGGAGCCACUACCAUAUUGUUGAAACCUAUCUGAUUCUGAUGAUUUGUUGCCAGAUUGCUUGCGCCUAUCUAGUCAAUUUCAGCUCUACACAAGUGCCUCGGGAGUUAUGGGCUAAGGGUCGAUCUAGAAUCUCAGCCUCCUCGCCUACUAAAAGCAUGUGCAUAUCUCAUCUCAAAGGACAACAGGUUACACAACAUCAAAUCACCACCGCUUGUAAAACAAACAACAACAAAAACUGUUAAACCAUUUUUGUAUUAUAACUAUUUUACACUGCUUUGCAUAAUGUUUUUACAUAACUUUUAUCUAUAUGUAAAAUUAUAUAUGAAUAGAUAUAUUGUAAACAAUACUGCAAGUCGGCAUUUAUCAGUAGGUAACGCGGAUGGAGAGUCUCGGAAACACGAGUGCAAAAAAAUAUAUAAUGUCCAAAAGGAGAAUAAAAACACUAUGAAUACAACAAGGAUCUCUGUUUUGUAUCCUGCUGGGCAUUUACUUCAGUUUAUUUUCUACACUGACUAGAAUGUGAAGCAAUGCUUUGCUGUAUAGCUACCUGGCGAAAUGUAGAAACUGUCUUUUAGCCUUUUAUUCUUUCACUCCUGUUACUUUGUUUACUUUGCUGGUAGAAAAGUUUAUUUCGGUAUUUUUCUCUUCCCCCUUUUUUUUUUUAUGUGUGGAAGAGGGUUUUAAAGGGGAGGGUUUUUAAUCACACUGUGUGUAGGCUCACUGCUAAUGUGCCACAUCUGAAAUGAUCUACUGUGAAAUACAGUCCAGACAUUCUGACAUUUAUUAUAUGAAGAAUUGUCCCCAUGCCCCAGAACUAAUCCCCCACUGGUGUGGUGUGUGUGUAUAUAUAUACACACACACGAAUUAUGUACACACUUGUCUCGUGCACACAACAUACACUCCCACAGACCCUGACUAAUGUCACUGUUAUGAUCACCAACUGUUUUAGCCAGUGUGGACUUUUUAACACGGAUGAUCAACUAGCUGUAACUUAUCCAACCACAACCUUCAAACACAACCAUCAACAGCUGCAGUUGGUUUGGUAGCACAGUCACUUUUUUGUUAUUUUCAACAUGAAGUACCUAUUUUAGAUUUGUGUUAUUUUGCCUGAUUAAGUCUAUUUCUAUCCAUGGGAUUAUUCAUUUUUCCUUUAUCUAUCCUACUUAAGUAUUUUACUUUUUUUUUUUUUAUUAUCUGUUUUGUGUUCAUUUUUUGAAGUCAUACUUGGGUGAUGUAUUUUAGAUUUUUUUUCUUGGGUGGAGUUUAAGAGUCAUUUUGUAUUUAAGUGCCAUCUGUAAAUUUGUUGAUUUAAUAAACCUGCCUGUUAGAUUUCUCAAGAGAAUCCUAAAGUUUAGAUUUUAUUAGGAUGCCCAUUUAGCUGUUGGACAUGCAGCAGCUACUCUUCCUGGAUUCUACAUAAAACUAAAUAUAUGACUGAGUACAGAACCGUUGUAGAUGAGAACAGAAGAUAAUAUUACAUUACAUUUAAAUUAAAAUAACAGUACAGAUACUGGUUUCCCAGACCCAGAGAAUCUCCAUUGAGAAUACUUUUUAGUCCAGGACUGGUCUUGUUGGCAGACCGGUCCUCGCAGGCAGCCUAAUUCUGAUAUUUUGGGCAAUUAUUGUUAAGAUCUGAUCUGAUUGGUCAAAAGACCAAUUAGCGGCAAAAUAUCAGAAUUGGGCUGCCUGAGUAAACACCGUAGGUUUCUAUUGUCUCUGGUUAUGACACGGCAAGGAGAACGGCAUAUGUAGCUUGUGUAGAGCUGCAAAUACAUGUUUGGGUCAAAUGUACAUUUUUGCAACGGGAUGAAAGAAUGAAUAUAUAUUUGCUUUAGGACGUGAGCCUAAUUGUAGACAUUAAAGGGAUCAGAAAGGUGAAUGUUGGCUGAAUAAAAUAAAAAGUGGUUUGUCGUUAUGUUUUGGAUUUCAAUAAAGCAUUCCUUUAAAGGAAA